AAAGAGCAAAUCAAAAUGGAGGGCAGUUCCAUACUCCAUGCUUUCACUAACAUUUAUUUUGCCAUUUUUGCUUUGUUUUGCUUCAAGCUUCUAAUUAAGAUUUCCUUGGCUUUGCUGACCCAUUUCUAUAUUGUUAAAGGCAACAGAAAAGAGGCUGCCAGGAUAGCAGAAGAGAUCUAUGGAAUAGUCCCAGGCGGCUGGGCAGACCGAUCCCCUCUUCACGAAGCUGCCUUCCAAGGACGCCUCUUGUCUUUGAAAACCUUGAUUGCACAGGGUUUCGAUGUGAACCUGGUGACAACAGACCGUGUGUCGGCUCUCCACGAGGCCUGUCUGGGUGGCCACGUCGCCUGCGCGAAGGUGCUGCUGGAGAACGGUGCUCAGGUCAAUGCAGUCACCAUCGAUGGGAUCACUCCUCUGUUUAAUGCCUGCUGCAGUGGCAGUGUGGCCUGUGUCAACAUGCUGCUCGAAUUCGGAGCCAAGCCGCAGCUCAGGAACAACCUUGCUUCACCCAUUCAUGAAGUGGUCAAGAGAGGUCACAGGGAGUGCAUGGAGAUCCUUCUGGCCCAUGAGGUUGACAUUGACCAAGAAGACCCGCAGCACGGGACCCCGCUCUAUGUGGCUUGCAUGUACCAGAGGACAGACUGCGUCAAGAAGCUUUUGGAGCUAGGAGCCAACGUUAACAUGGGGAAGCGACUAGACACCCCCCUCCAUGCGGCAGCAAGGAAAUCCAGCGUGGAGGUAGUCAACUUGCUGACAGACUAUGGUGCUAACCUGAAAUGUAGAAAUGCUGAAUUCAAAUGUGCCCUGGAUCUUGCCAUCCCCAACAGCAAAGUGGAGCAAGCUCUUCUGCUUCGGGAAGGUCCUGCCAGCCUUGCCCAGCUGUGCCGGUUGUGUAUCAGAAAGCAUCUGGGUCGGUCGUGCCUAUAUGCAAUCCAAAAGCUGCGCCUGCCUGAGCCACUCGAGAACUUUCUCCUUUAUCGAUAAGUUUGUGACUGUCUUUACACUGGAAAAGAAAGAGGAACAAAUGGUGGUUUAUUCCAAAAUUAUUAUAUCAAAGAAAAAAAAAACAACCCAAAGUCAUCAUUUACUGUCUAAUCGGGGUACCAAACAUUAGUUGCUAUGUGACAGUGCAAAAUGAAAACAGCUUUUCACAGACAGUGAAUGAUAUUAUGG